AUGAAAAAGGUCGGAAACAAAGAAGGGGAUUGGAACAAGACUUGUGCCCAAAUCGGCUCCGCGAAUAAAAAGAUCAAAAAACUAUCCUCCGAAAUCGAGCGACUCAGCAAAUGCAUCGGCAGUUCUCUUGACUCGCCCGACAACCGCGAGCAAAUUGUGCAGUCGCAGACGAGCGCUAGAAACUUGUGCAAGGAAAACGAAAACAGUCUCAACGAGCUAAAAAAACUUUACAACGAAACAGCUCAGCAUCAAAAAUCACCGCCGCGCUACUCUGGGAAAAUUGGCGAAUGA